UUUUAUAUUUUUUAUUUGAAUCAUAUAAAAUAAAUAAUUAGGUUAUAAUCUUAACCUAUUAUAUUUAGUCAUAAGUUUUAUAAAUAAAUUUAUGUUAUAUAUAUACAUGUGUGUGUGUGUUUGGAUAUACGCUUCUAAUACGUACCUGCUUUCUAAUGUUUUAGAAAAAUCUCUCAUCUAGGUUUUCAUACGAUUCCUCUUUCGUGUAUCCGUCUCCGAUUCCAUGUAACAUAGGAACACACUAUAUGAACCGGACAACUCAGCAUGACCAUGAUCUAUAAAAGUCCUAGGGUUUGCACUUACCUAUUUAUGAGCAUUGUUUUGUAUUUUGUAAAUCAAAAAGAAACAAAGAUAAUUCUAAACUUCAGCAUUUUGACAAUAUUAAGAAUGGAAGAUAAAAACAACUCUCACAUUAACAAAACCCCAUUAUAAAUCGUAUAUAUUAUUUACUUUCUUAUCUUACUCGUUUCCUUACAGAUUUGAAAUCCAAAUCCUAACGUAUUUCACUAAUCCACUAUUCUUUUAUGUUACCAAUCAAAAAGACAACUAAAAUUGUGUUACCAUUCAAUACUACACAUAUUUAUCAAAAAUAAAUUCAUAACUACACAUGUCAAGAUGAAACUAAUUAUGAUUGGAAGUUUGGAACAGAGUUAGACUAAGACAUAUACAGUCACAUAUCCAAACAUAAACAUAAAUAAAAUUAUGUAAUUAUAGUAUAUUUUAUAGAAAGUGAUAUUAAAAGUGACAUUCAAAUUUCAUAUCUACUUAUAAAUUUCUACUAUUGCUGUGUUUAUUAGAAUAUAUUAUACCCUUUAGUUUAUAUAGACACCAAUGUCCUAAAACAAUUUUACCAAACAAAAAAAACUUCCAAAUGGUUUUUAAGUAACGGAGAUGAAACGGCGACUGUGAAGAUUUUUGUCCGUGAGGAGCUGGCAACCGACAGGGUUGCUGCCUGUCUACAAGUGCAUUUGUCUAACUCACUUUCACAGACACCGGAUCUAUAGGUUGUCGGUAUAAUAUAUACGUGUCAUGAUCUUAACCGCUUAACUUUAAAUUCAGGUUGUCUUCUGAUUGCAGUGAUGAGGUAAGUGAUAACGUAGACAGUUAGAAAGAUACUUUAAUCACUCGAAUUAAUUACAAUUAUUAGCCCUUCGAGCUUGUACAGAGUUAACUUUCAUACUUUUAUUCUUAAGAACAAACUAUAAACGAUGUUGAUCUUAACUAAUGUCUAAUUUCAUUUCAUUUUUCAUCUUUUAAAUUAUUUAUUAUAUGCCAAAAAACAAUUUGCGAUUCUUAGGACAAAGAAAAAUCAUAAGUUAUCGUCAUAGAAUGAUUAAACUAACCAGGGCAUUGGAAUUUAUUCUCCACCAAUGUUUUUUGCCCUUACAAUAUCACAUUUUACCAAAAGAAGAACGGAUAUCGUGUGAUGCUCUCUAUAUAAUGUAAGUAUACCAAUGUAUACUUUAAUUAAUUAAGCACUUUGGUCUAGGGUUAUAGAUGGUAUCAUAGGCAUUGAGAAUAAAUGGCAAAAGAUAGAUGAUUUCCCCUCAAAGAUAAUAAUAUUAUCAGUUCAAGCAUCAAAAAAAAUCUUACUUUCUUUAUUAAUUUUGUUUUUGUUAGUCUCCUAAUUUUAUAAAUUUAGGGUUUCCUAUAAUAUUCCACUUCUCUCUUGCCGUCUCUUCCCAAAUACUCAAUCCCCGUUUCUCUCCCUCAUCUCCCAAAUACUCAAUCCCGUUUCUCUCCCUCAUCUCUCUCUCUAGAGAUACAAAUCAAUCAAAGAAAUACACAAUAGCAAAAAGGGUAAACGUUCCUCAAAUCUGGUCUAAAUUUGUUAUUGAUCUCUUCUAUUCACAUUGUUGGGUUAAUUAACAUAGAAGAAUGGUGAGGGGAAAGACGGAGAUGAAGAGGAUAGAGAACGCGACGAGCAGGCAAGUGACUUUCUCCAAGAGAAGAAAUGGACUUUUGAAGAAAGCCUUUGAAUUAUCAGUCCUUUGUGAUGCCGAAGUUGCCCUAGUUAUCUUCUCUCCUAGAGGAAAACUCUAUGAGUUUUCUAGCUCCUCCAGUAUAACAAAAACAGUAGAACGAUAUCAAAAACGAGUACAUGAUCUUGGCUCUAACCAUAAGAGAGAGGAUAAUUCACAGCAAGCAAAAGGCGAAACCUAUGGCUUAGCGAGAAAGAUCGAACAACUUGAGAUUUCAAAACGAAAAUUUCUGGGAGAAGGACUUGACGCAUCUUCUAUUGAGGAGUUACAACAAUUGGAAAACCAGUUGGAGCGAAGCUUAACCAAAAUAAGAGCCAAAAAGUACCAAUUACUGCGUGAAGAACUGGACAAGUUGAAAGAAAAGGAGAGGAACCUUACUGCAGAAAACAAAAUGCUGACGGAGAAGUAUGAGAUGGGAAGAGGAGGAAUAAUACCAAGAACAUCAUCAACAACAACAUCAGAAGACUUGGACACAGAGGAGAGUGAAAUGGAAGUGGUGACUGAUUUGUUGAUUGGACCUCCUCCGAUCCGACACUCCAAAAAGUUUCCUCCAAAUUAAUACAUGUUUAUACAUUCACCUCAAAAAAUAUAUGAUCACACUACUUUAAACAUGAUGUCUUCUCCUUUCUAGAAGAAAAAUGAGGUUAAUGUAAUAGUUUUUUUUUCUUCUUUUGUAUCCAAUAACAUCUUUGAAAAUCCAAACAACUUCUGAAU